ACAUAAAAGAAAAUGUUUGUUGAGAAAAAAAUGAAGAAGAAGAUGACGAUACACGUUCUUGAAUCAAACAUGGCGUUACAAUUAGGUGUAUGUGUGAAUUAGAAAACUCUGUGGGGACUUUUCAAAAUUCUCCUUCUGUAGGGUGGUACCUCCCAAACUUCUCGUGAUACCAAAUAGCCGCAUGGUAUUAGUAUGCAUAUGGUACGGUACCCGCCACCUUCAAUAUAUGCAACCCAACACCAAUUCUCACCAAACCAUAUAUGCUCCUUUCAUCAUUUAAUUUGAAUCAUAUUGCUCUCUCUGCGUUAGUUGUAUCGCACAUCAUCGUACGUGAUCACAAAAUUACCCUUUGGCAGAACAAGCUACUAAUAUAAACCUCAGGGUUUUGUGGAAAAAAAGAAGGAAGAGAUCGACGAUGUUACAGAGCCCCAGAAAGUUUGUGACGCCCUUUACUAAAUGUGUUUCUGAUCUCAAUUGGCGUUUAACUGGGUUGAUCAUCCCUCUAGUUUUAUUCAUCACGUUCUUCUCUCUCCAUUAUUCAUCUUCCACUUCUUCAAACGGUUUUUCAGCCUUUUACCCUGUUCAGCAGUUUCUCUUCAACCUCCCUUUUAAGUUUAUCAGCGAGGAAGAUCCUGUUGUUUCCAAGGAUGAGUUGUUGCGGUCCAAAAUUGCGGUGUGUUUGGUUGGUGGUGCCAGAAGGUUCGAACUCACGGGACCCUCCAUUAUCGAAAUGGUGCUCAAAGAAUACCCCAAUUCGGAUGUUUUUCUUCAUAGCCCGUUAGACAAGGACACGUUCAAGUUCUCGCUCCUGAAGUUUGCGCCGAACGUCGCCGCCGUUCGAAUCUUCCACCCUCAACCGUUGCCGGAAAACGAGUCGUAUGUUCGAGUCCUCACCGCGCAUAACUCGCCCAACGGAAUCCAGGGGCUUCUUCAGUACUUUAACCUAGUGGAGGGAUGCCUAACGAUGAUAAAAUCACACCAACAGAAGAAAAACUUCACGUACGAUUGGAUAAUCCGAACACGUGUUGACGGGUACUGGAACGCACCGUUGGGUUCCGAAAACUUCGUUCCGGGAAAGUACCUGGUCCCAGCGGGCUCCUCCUACGGUGGACUCAACGACCGCUUAGGAAUCGGCGACCUCAGAACCUCGACGGUGGCACUGUCGCGUCUCUCUUUAGUUCCAAACCUCGAUUCCGCUGGCUUCAACAACCUCAACUCAGAGGCAGCGUUUAAGGCCCAACUCACGACGCUGAACGUGAGCCACGUGGCAAAACGACUCCCGUUUUGCGUCGUUUCGGACCGCAGGUACGAUUUUCCACCGGGGCGGUUCGGGGUGCCGGUGGCGGCGCUGUCGAGCCCGGGCCCACUGAGUGGGGCCAAGUGCAGGCCAUGCAGGGAGGUGUGUGAGGGUUUGUGCGCGGAAACUGUGAUGGAUUCGGUUGAGAAGGUGUGGAGUUGGACCCAUUGGGAGAACGGUGCGCUUCAGCUUUGCGACGCUCACGAUGCGUGGGAGAGUGGUUGGGAGAAGAAUUUUGACCGGCUUGCUGGGAAGAAAUUUGCGGCGGCUAGGAAGCGAAUUCAGUCUAUGAAAAUGGAGGAGUGCGUUAAGGAUUUUGUUCAAUUGAGGAAACGGAGUGCGCAUUGGAGUGCGCCUCUGGUGGAUGAGAUUUGUGCAUUGGGUUUGAAUCCACCCUGAACACCGUUUCUUUCUUUCUGUCACACAGUUUAGUAAAGUCACUACUGGAUUUUCUACUUUUCUUUGGCGGAAAUAGGAGAAAUAUCAAUUCUUUUUUCA